GCGGGGGUGUCUCUUUGGAUUGGAGACAUAUAGUCGGUCCGAGUACACUGAUUCGUGUAGCACGACAUUGGCAGCUACUCAUCCGAGCCAUCGUAGGCAGCUACUCCAGUCAGUCAAAGGGUUUCUAUUCUAUUGACUCUCUCUCCACCUGUCUGAUUCCGGCCAGUCACCCCCAAAAAACUCACUCAUGCCUCUCUUGCGCCGCGCCUCAUGUCUGAGUCUGCGCCAACACCCGCGUGCCUCUCCUGUCAUAGCCCUCUCCAACUCAUUGCUGAGCUGCCGAGCUAUGAAACGAGGAAAGCGCAUGCCCACAUGUGCCAGCACAGCCUCACACAGCGACACAGUGUCAUCCAUUGACGCACGGCGUGAGAAUACGGCAGAAGAAGAGAAGCCAGACUCGGGCAGCGACACGGUAUCCUCCAUGGAGGUAGGGGGUGCGAAAACGGCAUACGGGGAGAGGGCCGACACAUUCUCAACCAGCCAUCGGGGGAACACACGGCCGAAAACUCGACACAACCGAACACACGAGGGGCCUGUCUGCACCGCCACGAAGCCACGCGAUAGCAGCUGGCUUCUGACUGCCUCACAGCUGACUCCCACCAUAUCGAUGGGACUGGCUUCGACACGACUGGCUUCUAGCUCAUCACCGGAGGAGCAAGAGAAGCUCCAGCGGUCGAACGUGACGACGAUCGAGUCGAGGAGAGGGCACCUAUCGAUGGCGUGAAGACACACCUUCAAGAUGCCCCUAUCCCCUUCCUGAUCGUAUGCCUUCUCCUUCGCUGGCUCACUGCUGCCCCCCUUCUUAUCAUCUCUGAUGCUACGCUCCCAACGGACUGUGACACUGAUCUUCUGAACGCGCCUCUGGACCCCUUUCUGUCCCUCACUCCCACCCCCGCCCUCCCACAGCGCCCACACGCUCGUGUCGACCCUCACACCAGCGGACUCUCUAUAAUCGGUCUUGAUGUGUAGAGGGGAGCCUGUCUGGCUGCACGCCCCCAAGCAGCGAGGGAAGAAGAACGGCACAGAAAUCCGUGCUUUCCUCUCAAAAUGCACCUCUCUGAUCGACUUGAGGUCUAAGGCCUUGCUCACUGCCUCCUCUCUCAUCCCCACUGCCUCUCCCAGAUCAAGCGUUGUGACCCGAGGGAGGUAGGUAUCAGAUAUGUGCGAGAGGACAGCACCAGGAAGAGGCUCUGAGCCAGCAGCAGAAUGGCACAAUUGCAGCUUCUCAGCUUGCAAAAAGACCAGCUGAGGGAGCCGAUACAGCACAACAGACGGUACUGCCUCGCCCUGCCCCAGCCCAUGAGGAAACACGACACGCUUGACGAGAGAAGCGAGAUGGAUGAGUGUGUCAGCCCAGGAUGGGCAGUUCUCCAAGUGCUGCAGCUCCCGCAGGAUGUCAAAGGUGACGCCAAGACAGCAGGUGAAGGUGAUGAUGCCGUGGGGGGCCAUCCAUGUGGAUCGAAGAUGCGCAACGAUCUGAUGGACGGCACACACAUCCACGCGACACAUUUGCUUCUGGUGCCCUGCAUGUGGGCAGCAGCAUUUAGCCUCCACGUACCUGUAAGAAUUCGGUAUCGAUGCUGUGCUCUCUGUCAUCGAGGUCUAUGUGAAGCUCUUCCAGCUGCAUGGCGAAGUCGAUAACCUUGUCCAAGUUCCACCUUCUGAUUGGAGCACACCGGAUGCGUCUGAGCCGUCUGCCAUAUAGAGCACACACACAGCACACGUGCGCGCGAACGAAGUGGCUAACAUAUGUGGGCAUACGCCGAUGCCCUCCUCUCUUCUCACUUGAUGGAUGGCUUGAGCAUGUGGCGGAGGUCCUCGAUGUGCCAGGCGCCCCCCCAUCCCUCUGGGACCUCGAGCGUCAGAUGAUGCGGUCCCGGCCCUGCCAGCCAGCCGCUGCAGGCAUCGCCCUUGUGGCCAGAGCACUUCUCGGGGUGGUCGUAGUCUAAGUCAAGUUGAGGUAGGUCAUCCACGACAAACGUGUCGCGAAGCUGGAUAUCGACGAGCGAGCUGCAGACAGACAGACAGACAGACAGACAGACAGCGGAAGAUGCGAGUGUGGGGUUCUCUGACCAUGUAUUUAGCUUACAUGGGUGUCCAGUGCCGUCUGUUGGCGACACAGAUCCACCAACCGGCCACCUUGACGCGUGCCAGCAGGGGGAAGAUGACCUCUUCGCCCGUUCGUCCCUCCCGCAGCCAUUCGCCGACGGCUUUGUCUACAUGAUAACAAUCCGACCACGCCUCAAGCUCCUCCAGCGAGUCCCUCGCAUGCUCGAGCAGCUCCACCACGCCCAGGCUCGGCGCACAUGCCAAGACCGCUCGCUUCGCCCGGCUGAAUGCCGAACCCCACACAGCCACCUGCUGUGGGGUCACCGUGAUGGCGAAGGAGAAGCGGUUGCCCAGGUGGAGGGUCUUGUGUGUGACCGGCUUGCGGGAGAUGGUGUGCAGGGACGGGUGUGAGGGGGCGAGCUUGGUGAUGAUGGUCUUGGUGCCGACAAGGGGGCCGAUGUGGCCGCUGAAGCAUGACUCGGGCAGAGUGAUGAGAGACGGGACGGAGGAAGACUGACACACACACACACACUCACACACACACAUACACAAAUGGAGCAUUGCAUGUUGUCAGUCAGCUCAAUGCGCGACUUGUGUGCAGGUGUCAGCAUACCGGUCGCUGCAGCAUGGCCGAGAUGGUGUCACAUUUGGUGUUGGCAAGGUGCACGAGCGACUCCACUUCACUCGGCCGUAGGUCGUCAUGAGCAAGCCUCUGGAGGAGACUUACCAGCACCGCACACUGGCCACGGACGUGCUGAAGGAACCAACGGCCAGCAGCGCACAGACAAAAUGAGCAUCUUCAUGUGUGAUGGUCGGUGCACCUUGAUCUCACCUCUGAGGCUCUGAUUCCGGGCGGCUGCGAUGAGUCAUCUCUACUGCGGCUAAGUUUCAACACCCUCCCAGCCUGCAGACAACACGCAACAGACACGCAGCAGCAGUGCGGCACGGGUGCAGCCGGGUGGAUCACCUGUCUGUCUUGUGUUCACCCACCCUCUGACGAAGCUCCUCAAUGCCUUGCUGGAGUGCCGCCAGCUGAGCACACUUGCUCCUCAGACCAGCAAGAUGCGACGCCUGUACGCGACACGACAGAGAUCAGCCUGCAUUCACACCGCACCGCGUCUACAACAGGCCUUGGCUUACCUCAGUCAU